UUCGCGACCAUGGCAAGUAAAGCAUCAGCAAAGGCAACCUUUUGGAAUGCUGAUACCGUGUACGAGCUUGGACUCUGUAGAAUGUUAGCACAAACUCUCGGCAUUUGGCCGGUCAGUUGUCAAGAUAUUUUUUCAAAAAUACGGCUUUGCAUCGCGGCAGCUUUGGAAAUAUCGUUGGCAAUAAAUCUGAUCUGCGAGAUCGUCGCGGACUGCGUGAUAGUCGACGAAAUUUUCGAAUCCCUGGUCGUGGUGGCAUGUUCGAUAAUUGCGUUGCUCAAAACUACGGUAUUGCGAAUGAAUAGAAGAAAAAUGGAACUAGUAAUAAAAUCAGCAGUUGAUGAUUGGUCGAUGAUCGAAGAUUCAAACACAAGAGAAAUCAUGAGAAAAUAUGCUAAAACCGGAAGAUCCGUAUUCAUAUUUCAAAUGGUAUCAUCAUUGAUAACGAUCAUUCAAAUGGCGUCGGUGGCAUUGCCCUUCCUCGCAGCAUUGCCAGAAAGUCGCGGCGAUCAUUUUGAAAAUUCGAGCGCUACAAAUUUCCUCAAUUUAUCGAAUGUUUCGUCACCCAUUCGCGAAGCAAAGGACGACCUUUCGCUACGAAGUUUUCCCGUGGGGAGUGGAUGUUUCGUCAAUAAUGUCUCUUCGAUAUCUUAUGCUUUCGUUUACAUUUUCCAAGUAAUUCAACUGACGUCUACAUGUGCCGGUAAUGUUGGCAUAGACGUUUAUUUUUUUUCGAUCAGCAUGCACGUUUGUGGACAGUUCGAGUUACUCCGAAUGAAAUUUGAAAAUUUCGGUCAGGAUUCUGACUUUCAUACCUGUCACGAACAAGUUCGUACCUUCGUAAGGAGACACAAUCAUUUGAUGAACCUUUCCUACAACGUUGAAGACUGCUUCAAUAUUCUCAUACUCGCUCAACUCUCAGUCAAUACUUUCACUAUCAGCCUUUUGGGUAUUCAGCUAAUAGUGGGCAUCGAAACGGGAAACGGUGCGAGUGUGAUCUUAGCUUUAGUGGCGAUCUACGUUUUCAGUCUACAAUUAUUUUUGUACUGCUAUGCCGGAGAUUAUUUAACGAGCCAAAUUGAACAAAUUUGUUACGCAGUUUAUUGCAGUCGUUGGUACAGUUUAACGCCGCAACUCGCCAAAGAUCUGAUGUUUAUUAUGUGCAAAAGCAAUCGCUCGUUCAAUCUUACAGCGGGAAAAGUCGUUAGCAUGAACUUGGACAGUUUUAAAAAUAUUUUCAAAGCAAUGGGCUCGUACUUUUCUGUCCUGAGAUUAAUGUUUGAUGACUAUUUGUCUGCGACCAUGGCAAGUAAAACAUCAGCAAAGGCAAGCCUUUGGAAUUCCAACACCGUAUACGGGCUCGGGCUCUGUAGAAUGUUAGCACAAACUCUCGGCAUUUGGCCGGUCAGUUGUCAAGACGUUUUCUCAAAAAUGCGACUUUGCAUCGUGGCAGUUUUGGAAAUAUCGUUGGCAACAAAUCAGAUCCUCGAGAUUGUUGCAGACUGCGUGAUAGUCGAGGAAAUGUUCGAAUCCCUGGCUAUGGUGGUAUGGUCGAUAAUUGCCUUGCUCAAGGUCAUUCUAAUGCGAAUGAAUAGAAGAAAAAUGGAACUUGUAAUAAAAUCAGCAGUCGAUGAUUGGUCAAUGAUCGAAGACUCGAGCGCGAUAGAAAUAAUGAGAAAACAUGCUAAAACCGGAAGAUCCGUAUUCCUAUUUCAAAUUAUAUCGGAUUUGAUGGCGAUCGUUCAAAUGGCCUUGGUGGCAUUGCCCUUUCUCGCAGCAUUGCCAGAAACUCGCGGCGAUCAUUUUGAAAAUUCGAGCGCUACAAAUUCCCACAAUUUAUCGGAUGUUUUCUCACCCAUUCACGAAACAAAGGACGCCACUUCGCUACGAACUCUUCCAGUGGGGACUGGAUGUCUCGUCAAUAAUAUCUCUUCGAUAUCUUAUGUUCUCGUUUACAUCUACCAAGUAUUUCAACUCGUGUCUACAUGUGCCGGUAACGUUGGCAUCGACGUCUAUUUUUUUUCGAUCAGCAUGCACGUCUGUGGCCAGUUCGAGUUACUCCGAAUGAAGUUUGAAAAUUUCGGUCAGGAUUCUGACCUUCGUACCUGCCACGAACAAGUUCGUACAUUUGUAAAAAGACACAAUCAUCUGAUGGAACUCUCAAACAACAUUGAAGACAGUUUCAAUGUUCUCAUACUCGCUCAACUCUCAGUCAAUGCUUUAACUAUGAGCUUUUUGGGUAUUCAGUUCAUAAUAGCCAUCAAGACAGGAAACGGUGCGAGUGCGAUUUUCGCUUUUGUUUCAUUCUACAUUCUAAGUUUACAAUUGUUUUUGUACAGUUAUGCGGGAGAUUAUCUGAUGAAUCAAAUUGAAAAAAUUCGUUACGCAGCUUACUGCAGUCAUUGGUAUGAUCUGUCGCCGUCAAUUAUGAAAGAUCUCUUGUUCGUUAUGUGCAGAAGUUAUCACCCUUAUAAUCUCACAGCAGGAAAAGUGAUUUGUAUGAACUUGGACAGUUUCAAAAAUAUCUUCAAAGCCAUGGGCUCGUAUUUUUCUGUGCUCCAAGUUAUGGUCAACCCGUAAUAAUAUUGCAUUGUUAUUUUUCAACGACUUAUCUG